AUGGCCGCGGGACUGCGUCUCCGAGCCUGGACUUGGGCAGCUGUGGGGCUCUGCGUGGUGGUCGGAUCCCACGGACAUAGAGGUGAGUUCGCGGCCAACGCCGGCUGGAGCCGUUCUCCCCAGGAGCCAGAGGAUGUGGACGUGAUGUUUGAGCUGCUCUGGGGCGGCCUGGAGCUGGGCGGCGACGGGCAGCUCCGGCUGCAGGACGAAGAGCUGGCAUCGCUGCGCUCGGGCCGGCGGCUGGCCCACCUCCUGCGGGGCCAGGCGGCCGGCGGCCUGGCCGGGGUGGAGCUGCGGGUGCUGCAGCUGGAGCGGGAGGCCGCCCCCCUGGACCCCGGGGGCUUCGAGCAGCUGGUCCUCACCAGCUUGUUCUGUGCCUACGGGCUCCGGGCGGCGCAGGGGGAGGAGAGGGGCCGGUGGGUCCGGCUUUUCUUCCGCCUGGUGCAGGAAACCCUCCGGGACCUGUGCAAAGGCUUUUGUCCAGAGGGUCACCCGGCCCCGCGGGACCUGUGGGCAGUCCUGAAUCCACCGCCACAGUGACCUCUCCGCCCUUCCCUGGCCUAGGCCGGAGGAGGCCCCCCGACUCCGACUGGACGCCGAAUGCUCCCUGCUUCAACGCCCCGGGACGUUGCCGCUGCUCCCCUUCCCUUUCACCCCUCUUCUCUCCCUGGGAGCCGGGGUUCCCCUCUCUGGUCCAUGCGGGAGUCCCUGGGGGCAACUGUUCAGAGAGCCAGUGGUAAGGCAGUCUGGCUCCCGGGGGAGAGGAAGGAAGGGGUAGGCGGAGGCCAGGAAUUGCUGGAAAGAGGUUGAGUUGGGGAGCGGGAGGUGAGGAGGGUGGCACCGAGGCCUGCCCAGGCCCAGGUGAGCGGUCCUCGGGGUCGGCUUGGCACGCUGGGGACGUUGCAGGGCCUUGGGGAGGCAGAGAGGCAACAAAAAGAGAACACUUUCCCCCUCGCCAACCACCCUGCCGGGGAGCUCGGAUACCAGGAAGGGCCAAGCUCGGGCCCGGCUGGCCGGCGAGGUCUCGCCAUCUCCCCGAGGGCCGCGACAAGGGACUGCUCAAACUCAGUGAGGUGCUGGGGGCCGUUAGGACUGCGAUGAACCCUUUCCCCGUCCUGGGGCAUUUUCCCGGUCGGCACGGGUCAUUCCCCUGCCCUCACCCCCUCCUCCUCCACAGCCGUCUGCCCCUCUGGAAGCGGCUGGAGAGACUGUCAAAGGGGACCCCAUUUCAGCAGGAGGGAGGGUUGCCGGGGGAGUCCCGGAGGUAGGAUCGAGCAGGGUCCCGGCCUCCGCUGCGCUGCACGAGUGACCUUGGCUGAUGCCAGAAAGGCCAAAAAAGCAGCUCCACCCGGGUCCUGGACUG